CAUUUUUCCCGUCGAGGUCAACCGCACUGGCAGACGGAUACAACCCUCGGAACCCGCCCGCCAUGUCGCUUGAGGAGAGGCUCUCCAAGAUCCGUGACUCUCCCAAGCUCCAAAAUCAGCAGCAAACUGCCAUAGUGCUCUCCGCGAUCGAGGAGACGCUCCGUGGACAAUCGUCGGAAUUCACGCCCACCGCAUACUUCGCUGCGCUUCUUGCACUCCUCAACCGCCAGGUGACGACCGAAGGCAUAGUAAAUAAGGAAACUGCAACAGCCGUCAUAUACCUCCUCGACCUCGUCACUCCGCACGUUCCGGCACCUUUGCUACGCUCCAAAUUCACCGAAAUCCUUACGAGCCUUGCCCCGGCUCUCACACAUCAAGAUGCCGAAGCACCCCUUUUGCGGUCGUCGAUAGGCUGUCUGGAGUCGCUGUUGGUUACCCAGGACGCGCGAGGAUGGGAACUUCCUCAGUCACAAAUCAGCCCUAGACGGGCUGUGGCUGGCCUGCUGAAUAUCGCCGUCGACCCUCGACCGAAAGUACGGAAGCGAGCGCAGGAAGCGCUGGCGAAAGUCCUGAGCAACCCUCCUCCGAGCCCUUCCCCAGACCAUCCGGCUGCGGAUAUGUGUGCUGAAACCGCGCUGAAGAUGUUGAAGGACGUUGCAGAGGCCGCGAACAGAAACAAGAAACACAGGGGACAUAAGGAUGCUCACAGCAACGAUCCUGGCUUGAUACAUGCGCUGCACCUAAUCAGGACUGUUGCAUCUGCGUCUGGAGGUUGGCCUAGCAAGAAGAUCGAUAUUCUCUGUGAGCUGUUGUUGAAUAUCUCGCGGUCCAGCAACGAAUACUUGACUAUGGCAGCAUUCGAAAUCUUCGAAGUCAUCUUCGCGGGUAUGGCCGGCGAGGUUUCGUCUACUAAGCUCCCUAGGUUGCUAGAAGUCGUAUCCGAGCUUCAACCUUCGAAAACCGAUUCGCAGCUGCUCCCACCCUGGGUAGCAGUCCUAUCUAGAGGCUACGAAGUUUCGGCGCAAAUCGAACCCGAGGAAACGUUCGCAAAACUUCCAGAACUCUUCGCCAUGCUUUCGGCUUUUCUUAGUUCGCCGUCUCACAAUAUUCGAAUCUCGGCAUCCGAGUGCCUUAUUUCCUUCCUCGUGAACCUAAUACCCGACAGCGUUAUCCUAGAGCCGUCCAUAUACGAUGAGAAGAUCCUCGAGAAGGUAGCCAAGACUGCGGCGGAUCUGCUGAGUGUCAAAUAUCAGUCGGCUUGGAUGGAGGUGUUCAAUGUGCUUUGUGCCAUGUUUGAAGCGCUCCGGUGGCGCGCUGAUCCGAUACUGAGGCCGAUUGUCCGUAUAGUAGGGGAACUGAGAAGCAACGAAUCGUUUGCGGGAAAAAAGGAAGCCGAUGCAGUCAUUUCAAGAGCCAUCAGUUCCAUGGGCCCGGAUGUCGUUCUCGACAUACUGCCUCUCAAUCUUCCGCAGCCGCCACCAGGACAGCCCGGAAGGGUGUGGAUGCUACCUCUGCUUCGGGAUUCAGUACACAAUACCAAGCUGGCUCACUUCCGAUCUACAAUGGUUCCUCUGAGCGAGGUUCUCUUCCAAAAGGUUCUUGACCAAGCUGGAAAGGAGAAGACGAUGGAGGUCAAGGUUUUCGAAACCGUUGUUCAGCAGAUCUGGUCGAUUCUUCCGGGAUAUUGCGAUUUGCCGCUCGAUCUUGUUGAGGCUUUUGAUCAGAGCUUCGCGGAGAUGCUGGCGAAUCUCCUGUAUGGACAAUCCGAUUUGAGAACGGAUCUCUGCCGGGCUCUUCAGAACCUCGUGGAGAGCAACAAAGCCAUCUUGAACCUGGAAGGAGAGGAUGAUUUGUUCGUGCAGGCACGCAUCACGAAGGAAGAUGCACAAAAGAACUUGAAUCACCUUGCCACAUUCGCAGGGAACAUGCUGGCUGUUCUGUUCAACGUGUACAGCCAGACGCUGCCACAGUAUCGUGGGAGUAUUCUGAGGACCAUCAACGCUUUCCUAAGCAUCAUCCCAGAGGAGGAGCUAAUGGACACCUUCCAACGUGUUGCGACCAAUCUGGAAGCAUCGUUGGCUGAAGCUGGCUCGCAAACGCAAGCUGAUAAGCAGAAGCAACAGAAGUCACAGAACAGGAUGCCGCCGAUGAGCCAUACCCUCAUGGACCUGGUGAUUACGAUGUCCGUCUACCUACCUCGAGAGAGUUAUCCAGCGUUGUUUCAAAUGGCUGCUACCCUGGUCAACAAGGAUGAUGACCCCCAGCUCCAGAAGAAAGCGUACAAGUUGAUCCCACGUCUGGCAGAAUCGCCCGUUGGCAAGGCAGCACUGCAAGAACGUAGUGCUGAACUGCAACAGCUUCUCCUGCAGAGCGCCGAGAAAGCGUCUGCUCCCGCUCGCAGAGACCGCCUAGCCGCCAUCGCACAGAUCAUAGAGACUCUCCCUGCAAGCGACCUCCACUUUAUACCGUCGAUCCUCUCUGAAGUUGUCAUCUCCGCGAAGGAGGUCAAUGAGAAGGCCAGAGGAGCCGCCUAUGAUCUCCUCGUGGCGAUGGGUGAGAAGAUGAACCUCGGCGGGACCGUCGUUCAAUCCAAAGUACCUGGCAUGCCCGCCGAUGCACCGUCGGUGGAAGCCAGCCUGGAGGAGUACUUUACCAUGGUAUCAGCUGGCCUCGCAGGAUCCACGCCGCACAUGAUCUCCGCCUCCAUCACAGCCGUUACGCGCAUCCUGUACGAAUUCCAUUCGCGCAUUUCAAAGGAGACGAUACAGAACCUCGUCGAGCUCAUGGACAUCUUCCUGCAGAAUCCCAAUCGGGAAAUCGUCCGGAGCGUGCUGGGCUUCGUCAAGGUCGAGGUGGUGACGCUCCCGGAGAGCCUGGUGCGGCCCAGACUGAACACGCUAUUGAGCAACCUGAUGGUGUGGAGCCACGAGCACAAAGCGCACUUCAAGGCAAAGGUGAAGCACAUUGUCGAGCGCAUGGUGCGCAAGUUCAGCGUCGAGGCGGUGGAGCGCGCGUGCCCGCCCGAGGACCGCAAGCUCAUUACGCAUAUCCGCAAGACGCGCGAGCAGCGCAAGAAGAAGAAGCUGAUGAACGGCGGCGAGGACGAGGAAGGGGGUGCGGCAAAGCAGGAGAAGAGGAAGGGCAGGUUCGAAAGCGAGUACGAUCAGGCUGUGUACGGCUCCGAGAGUGACGAGAGCGAAGAAGAGAAUCAAGACUCCGAGGACGAGUUCGUCAAGAAACAGUCUCGCAAACUAUCCGGAAAAGCGAAUCAGCUGCCGCAGACGUACAUUGUGGAAGACGAGGAGGAGCCGUUGGAUCUCCUGUCGAAUCGCGCACUGGGCAAUAUCUCCUCGACCAAACCGCUGCGUCAACGGAAUGUUGCGCAUAAGCCUAGGAAGGUCAAGACGGAUGAGGACGGCAAGCUCAUCAUCGGUGCGUCGGAUGAUGAUGAGACCCCUGCAGUCCGUCUGAAGAGCGCGGGUAGGAAGGCCGGGGCGGACGAAGGGGAUGUCCUCAUGGACAUUGAUAACGACGACGCGACGACGUUGGAGCAGGGCAUCAAUGCGUACGUGGAUGCCAUACGGGGCAAGGAUGCGGCGCAGCGCGGGCAAAAGGGUAAGCUGAAGUUCAGCAAUCGCAGGCGCAAGGACGAGGAGAUGGAUGUGGACAGCGACGAUGAUGAGAGGAAGAAGGCGGUACGGAAGGCGAAGUCGGGGUCUGGUAUGGGGAGGAGGGGAGGCGGUGGUGGUGGUAAACCCAAUUUCAAGACGCAGAGGAGGGGGUUGGGUGUUGAAAAAGUGAGGAAGGGAAAACGGAAUUGAGGGUGAGGGACGCUGUUUUUGUUAUUUCUGUGGGGUAUGGAAUCUCUUUGUUGGUCGGAUAUAUUAUAAGGCUUAUAUCAUCAUAUAUAUACCGUCGAAGCUACUGUACUUGGAGCUCUGCGGGCUCCUAGUUUCUAAAGGCGCUCGAUAGUAUCCAACGUGUUUCUCCGUAAGUAAUCGUACUUGGUUGUGUUACAUACAUGUCGUGGAACGCUGCAGGCGGCGGGACUCGGAGUACAUCCUUGCACACCUCG